AUGGUGGAUUCCUAUCGUACUGCUUACAAGAACUGGUGCACCGGUGGAAAGGUUGGCAAAGUCAAGUGGUCAAUCAUUCAGUACAAGGAAUCCGUGGAAGCCACUUCAGGCACCAGGCUGGCUGAAAACCAGCAGCUCAUGUGGGAGCGGCAGGCUUUGCUCUUUUGGCAGAGCGUAGACGGAGGCGCUCACUCCGAGGAGGAGUCUCAGCAGAAAUGGAACGCACUUGCCGCCAGGGUGGGUGAGCCUGGGGUGAUCUAUGAUAAGAAGGGCCCGGAGCGCAAGCCAUUGCGGCUGGCCAUCACCAGGGAAGACAUGGUGAUCAACUACAAUGAUGUCGCGCGAAAGCGGCAAAUGGAGUGGACGGAGAAGGUCAAGAACGAUGACGCAUCCGUUGCCAAAUCCAUGAAGCGCAUCAUGACAAAUCACGACAUGGUAGGAGGUUCCUCCUCAGCCAUGAAAGGCAUCAUCCCAGGACCUGAGGAUCUUGCCCAGAUGAUGGUGCAGGGAGGCGGUGGCACUGCCUUUGACUCUGCCAGCGUGAAGAUUGGUGAUGUCCGCAACCUCAUCCCUGAUGAUGAUAUGGGCGAUGGCGAAGUUGCCGCCACUGCUGAGGGUGAUGCGAAGAUGGACGAUGACGCUGAGGAGCCCGGCUCAGAUGGUGAAGCCCCGGACACCAACAAGAAGGUCAAGUGGUUCGACAAGGACAGGGCUGUGAAUGCCGCGCAGAAGCUUCUGACCAGCCAGGAGAAGAAGCUUCACGAAGCCCAUUCCCAGAGAGUCUCUGAGCUGCAAGCGGCCUUGAAAGAGAUUGGCAACUUGAGCCCUUCGGAGAGGUUGCAGUAUCAAGGCGAGGAAAGAAUUGCCAAUGUGCGCUUGAAGUUUUUGCUAGCUUUGUCUUCAGAUGCUACGGAACUCAACUCCCUCAUUGAUGACUUUUCGCAGCCCAAUCCUUCCCCUACAAAGGGUGCGCAAGCAGCUGCAGAGGCAGCGUUGUCUGCUGUAGACCAUGGUUCAACAGCUGCUGGACUUGCUGCCUUAGGCAAUUCGCCGCCUUGCAAGCAGUUCAAAGAGCUCAAGCUUCUCGCAGAACUUUCCAUAUUCAAGGAUGAGGUUCUGAACUGCAGCACUGCGGAUGAGAUCUCAGAGCAUAAGAAACAGUUUGCAAGGAUGAAAGCGGUGCUCAAUGACAUCAAGAAAGUUGGCACUUUGAUGAAGAAGGAGAAAACGAAGGCUGCUGCCGCCAAGAGCAAGCCAGGUGCCAAACCGACCCAAGCUCCAGCGCAUGCCAUUUUCGAAGCAGGUUCCGAGCUAGUUGAUGCGUUGCCCUCUGUUUCGGAGAGUGCCUUGAAGAACAUGUGCCUGGAAAAGCCAGCUAUCAUUUCUUUCGAAAAUGAGACGCUGGGCAAGCUCUUUGGUUCAGAUGUGAAGGUUGCCAUGGGGCAGUUAAAGAAGUUGUUCAAGCAGCCUGGUGCAACACACAGCCGGGCUGAGGUGGGGUUGGACCUUUCGGUUGUCAAGCAUGUUGCCAAGCAGCUGGAUGGCAUGUUGCCAGAUGGGAUGAGCUUCUACACUGGCAUGGCGGAUUCCCUCCCCAAGGAUGUGGAGUCUCUUGCAAUUCAGACCCUGCAUAAGAACAUGCUGAGCACUUCCUAUGCUAUCCUUGCCAACAAUGCCACUUUCGCAACAGAGAAAUUCUUCCUGCCUUGUUUGCGUUUCGCAUCCGAGGGACUACGCCAUGUGGUUCUUGCGCCGUAUGACAAAGUGCUGGAUUUCAUUUCCUCACCAGGUGCUCCGCAGUCAAAGCUUGCAGACCCCCAAGCCAAGCAAGGGGUCAAUCAGUUCUUGAAGUUUUGCAACGCUGACAAACUCAAGGCUUUUGUGGAAGCCUCAGGCAGCAAGUGCCUGGGAGGUGUUGUCCAUGCCACCGAAGUGCUGUAUGUGCCUGCUGGUUGGGCAUUUGCAGAGCAGACCAAAGACAUGUCGUUGGGGUUGAAGAUGCCUGUUCUCGUGCGAGCAGCCUGUGCCUGUGAUUUUUUCAGCAAACUCCAGACAUUGCCUGGAGAUGUGCCAUCUGAUCAAGGGUUGCUUGCAAAGGCAUACUAUCAUGCCUGUAGUGUGAAUCCACCUACUGCAGCAGCUGCCAAUCAGAACAAGAAGGAUGGUCCUGAAGGGGACGCAAAGGAUGCUCUGACAGAGCUGUGA